AUGGCGGGCUGCGGUGUCGGGGACCACGCCAUACUCCUACUGCGCCGCAAGGUGAAUGUGGCGGGCAGAACCGCUGAACAGGACGCGGAGAUGAUGCGGUUGCAGUUGCUCGGCGAUCCCGUCCUUAUGCAACAACUACGCGAAACAAACCCGGAAAUUGCUAUUGCGGCACAAACUGAUCCCGCUCGUUUUGCGGAACUCCUACGGCAAACUCGCGCAAGACAUGCCGACGCAGAACGCGAGCUCGCACAGAUCAGCACGGAUCCGUAUGACAUAGAAGCUCAGCGUCGUAUCGAAGAGGCCAUCCGACAGCAGGCCGUCGCAGAAAACCUUGAGCACGCGCUGGAGUACUCCCCCGAGGCGUUUGGCCGUGUAACGAUGCUAUACAUACCUGUUGAAGUGAACGGCCACCCUGUCAAGGCUUUUGUGGAUAGCGGCGCACAGCAGACGAUCAUGAGUCCGGAGUGUGCAGAAGCUUGCGGAAUCAUGCGACUAGUGGACCGUCGUUUUGCAGGUAUUGCACGUGGCGUCGGAACCGCGCAGAUCCUCGGACGAGUACAUAGUGCACAGCUGAAACUGGCAGAUCUCCACCUUGCGUGCUCUUUCACCAUCAUGGAGGGCCGAGAUGUUGACCUUCUGUUUGGCCUGGACAUGUUGAAGGCACAUCAAGCAUGCAUCGAUCUCGAGAAAGACGUCCUCCGAAUCCAAGGGCGCGAAGUCCACUUCCUCGCCGAGCACGAACUUCCCGACAAGGCUCGCAACGUAAAUGACGGUAUCGUGGACCCCAGCGCGUCACAACCCUCUAGUUCCGUUGCCGGGCCGUCUGGCGCUGCCGAACCAAUACACUUCCCCGGGGCGGGAAACACGCUGGGCAGCCCACCAACCGACGCGGGUGCGGGCAGGGGCAGGGGCGCGCCUGUGCCCCAGACGCAGUCGACGCAUUCGGAGGAGGCGAUCAGCACGCUUAUGAGUCUCGGUGCGUCGAGGGAGAUGGCGAUCAGCUCGCUGGACGCGGCGGGCGGAAAUCUCGACGUCGCCGCGUCGUUGCUAUUCUGA